AAACUAUUGUAGAGACAACGAGUCUACUUAAUGGUGUUGAGGUUGUAUUACUCCCUAUCGUGGAGGAUCUUUUCUGUUGUAGAUUGUAGGAGUCAGGUCAAAUCUGAUCAGAUCCAGCUCCGCCCCUUGGACGUUGGGUUUAGUAAGCCCCUUGAUUGUCAUGUGCGUUCACGUCACGAAUGUUGUCACGGGGACUCUAGGGGAAGUGGGAGAAGAGAGGGAAGUAUACAAAGAUAUAAAUCUAAAUAACAUAAGACAGCCAAAUUUAGCAGCUUUUUUUAUUUGACGUGAGAGAAACAAGUGCUCAGUGUAUUGCAACCAGACAUCAUCCAAGUACUUUAUGUCACUUUAGAGCCUGGAAAGAGGAAGAGGAGGGAAGACCAGAAGAAACAGGUUUGGACACAGCAAAUAUCUCGAAGUUAACCUGUAUUUUAUUUGUUUUAUGAAACUACUUCAGUCUCUACAAAAAGUCAUAAUUUGCAGUAUGGCAUCCAGGAAGAAAGUUCUUCUAAAAGUCAUCAUACUUGGGGAUACAGGUGUUGGAAAAACAUCUUUAAUGAACCAGUAUGUCAACAGAAAAUUCAGUAACCAGUACAAAGCUACAAUAGGAGCUGACUUUCUCACGAAGGAGGUGAUGGUUGAGGACAGACUUGUAACUUUGCAGAUUUGGGACACAGCUGGACAGGAAAGGUUUCAGUCUCUGGGCGUGGCAUUUUAUCGGGGUGCUGACUGCUGUGUGCUGGUGUUUGAUGUUACUGCUGCAAGCACAUUUAAGACUCUGGACUCCUGGAAAGAUGAGUUUUUGAUUCAGGCUGGCCCUCGUGACCCUGACAACUUUCCAUUCCUGGUUCUGGGCAACAAGAUUGACUUGGAAAACAGGCAGGUGACAACAAAGCGAGCACAGGCAUGGUGUCAGAGUAAAAACAACAUUCCAUACUUUGAGACCAGUGCAAAGGAGGCCAUCAAUGUUGAACAGGCAUUUCAAACCAUUGCACAAAAUGCUUUAAAACAGGAAACCGGAAGUGGGGGUAAUGAUGUAUUUCCAGAUCCGAUUGAGUUGGACAGGAACGACAGCUCCAACUCAUUGGCACAAGGCUGCAGCUGCUAACACUUGUACAUAGUGCUGGGCGAUAUGACGAUAUAUAUCGUGCGGACAAUAGAAAAGUGUUUAUCUUCCUAUUUCUCUUCUAUCGUUUCUAACCUAAUUUUAUCAAUUAUUAAAGAAAAUAUUGCAUUAAAUAGGCUAUGACAAAUGUAUGAUAAAGUCUUGUCGCUAUGCAAUGCAUACUCUACUCUUUAUAUAAGUGAUAAUCAAGAAUAAAAAUGAACUUUUUCGCAAAGAAACUCCGUCUUGUGGUUUUGCGGCAUGACGCUUUACUUUGUUGGGACAUGCUUUACGCUAGUUAACUCGUGAGUGCUUAAAGAUGCAGACGCAAGAGGUUGAAGAUGAACGGCCGGAGUCGCAACAAACUGAAACUGCUAUGCUGGAAGCAGCCCAAGAAGUGAUUUGGUUGCAUUUUGGCUUCAAGAGCACUGACACAGAGCAGAAGACAGUCAUGUGCAAAUUCUGCCAAAAGACUGUUUCCGACCGAAAUACAAAAGACCGGCCCGACGUGAAACUUGAAAUGGUUGUGCACUUCAAUUUUUUUUAAGUUUAUUUUGAUAUUACUAUUUAAAUAACUAUGAUGUGGAUAAAAAAAGAAUGUGAAGGCUACUGUAGCUCUACCUCCACCACAUCUGUCAUGUGAUACAUUUUAUAUUGCUAAACUAAAAUGUAUUUUUCUCAUUUGUGACAGUUCAGUUAAAUGUCACUUUAAAAUAAAGUUGCAAAAAAAAGGAUUCAAUGAUAUUUUUGUCAAACUGAAAACGUACUUUAUUGUGGGUGGUAUAUCGUUAUCGUGAUAUAAAAUAAUCCAUAUCGUGAUAUAUGAUUUUUCCAUAUGGCCUACCAGACACUAACAAGCUCUGUUAAACAAAUACAGAUUUGCACAGUUUUGCUUUCUUUUUUUAGACUUUCAUUUCAACACACAGCCACACACAGUAUGUCUGGAUAUACUAUAUAGGUCAACAUAAUUGAAUGUUUAAAUAUAAUGAAUGUUUGGAAAUAAAUGCAAACAAAUCAU